AUGCCUUACAACAAAACACCCCGAUCGUCCCGAGCCCGUGGUCGUCUCAUGCAAAACGACCACACCCCUUCCAAAGCACCCUCGUCCUCUGCCAGGCCGUACACCUCUUCGAGGAAGCAACGCCUCAGUGGUCUCUACGCAGACGGCCUCUGGUACUGCAACUGUGAACCUCGCUGUGAGGCUAAGCAGUAUCCCGUCAAGAAGAAGGGCCCCAACAAGGGCAAGCUCUUCUGGACCUGCGUUCUUCGCGCCUGCGACUUCUUCCUCUGGGACGAUGAUGCUACCGCCCGCACCCUGGGCCUCGCCGUAACGACCAUCGAAGACCCUGUCCCUCAAACUCAGCCGUCUCCCGCUGCACCGAACGAGACCGCCAAGGCGGCAGUGCGAGCUGCCAUCGACAUAUCGUCUGAGGAGGACAAUGUGGUCCGAAUGCCGGCGGGCCCUGCUGCCUCCAAGCAGGCCCCAUUGACGGCGAACAAACGCAAGAGGAACCAAGUCAACGAGGAAGAAGACCUGAUCGGCGACCUCUCCUCCGAUGAGGAACGGCAGCUCAACGACGCCGUGACGCGGAGCUCUCAGAAACUCCGCGACAACAACCUUCAAGCCCAGAGCUUCCUUACCCCUGCAACCGAGCGUACCACGGAUCUUCUCAACGGCAUGCCUACCCCGGCCACGGCCCGCAUUCUCUUCCCCGGCCCCAGUCUCAAGCGCCUCAAAACGUCGAAUGACGACCUGGACACCAUGUCUCCCGGCCUCGAAACCCCGCAACAAACACCUGCGACCUCGCGCACCCGUGACGCCCUGCAGAGCAGUCCCGCCACCCACGGCGACGCCGACGUUGAGAUCACGGAAGCGGUCAUGGCGCUGCUCAGGGACCAGCAUCUACCCCCCGCCCUCACGCUUUCGCUCAGGAACACGCUCGACCGACACGCUGCGCGCACGCGCGGCUUGAUCAAGGGGCGCGAUGCCGUCCGGGGCCAGCUGAAGGCCAAGGAUGAGAGGGCCGCGCAGCUGCAGGAAAGGAUCGUGGCGCUGGAGAACAAGAACAAAGCUAUGAGGGCUUCGCUGACGGAUAUGAAGGCAGGGCUGCAGAACUUGUAUGCUCAGCAUUGA